AAUGGCUUUCUACCAAGCCUUAGACUUUCACGAAGGCGAGAUAAUGAUGCAGAAGAAGCUACGAGUGCCCGAGAUGGACAAUCCUACCAUUCCCAUGCUUUCACCUCAAGCAUCCAGCAUGCUCCAGAGGGCUCCGCUACUGGCUUUCGGCACUCUAGACUCCGAAGGACGACCUUGGACCACUGUUUGGGGCGGUCGCAAAGGGUUCUCACAACCUCUUGGGAACAGCAUGAUCGGCAUUCGAACUUCGGUGGCUGCCAAGUUAGAUCCGGUGGUGGAGGUGUUGGUUGGUCGAGAUGCCAAGGGUGAGAUCGUGAGGGAAGAGGGAGAAGGCAGGUUACUCAGCGGGUUAGCCAUCGAUCUUGACACUAGGAAGAGGGUUAAGCUUGCCGGACGGAUGGUUGCAGGGACUCUCAGCAACACUGAUGGAGACAACGAUACAGAUGAUCAUGAACAGCAAGGUAUACUGCAACUUGUUGCACGUAUUGACGAGAGCUUAGGAAACUGUCCAAAAUAUCUCAACAGACGUGAGAUAUCACCGGCGAUUACAGAUCCCAUACUCAUCUCGGACUCUGUACCCUUAGAUCAGAGAGCUGUUGAGCUCAUCCAAAAAGCCGAUCUCAUGUUCCUCAGCACAAGUAGUGGCUCAAGCAUGGACACCAAUCAUAGAGGCGGUCCUCCAGGUUUCGUACGUUGUCUUUCGCACGAAGGCGGCUGCACACAGUUCGUCUACCCUGAGUAUAGUGGAAAUAGACUUUACCAGUCCAUGGGGAACAUGAUGCUAGAGCCCAAAGCUGGCUUCUGCUUCCCAGACUUCGACACUGGAAGUUGUCUCUUUGUGACUGGCCAUACGGAAGUUCUCUUUGGAAAGGAAGCGGCAGAAGUCAUGCCUCGCUCAAACUUGGCGGUUCGAGUCACGAUCACAAAAGCUCGGCUGGUAGAAUCAGUACUUCCAUUUCGUGGUGAUACCGGCGAGUUCUCACCAUACAAUCCAAUCGUGAGAUAUCUUGCCAGCGAGCAAGCGAGCACUAGGACAGAAGCAGACAACGCGAACCAGAACACUGCAAAGCUGCUUGCCCAGACACCACUUACACCAACGAUCUCACGCUUUAGAUUCAGCCUCUCGAAUGCAGCUACAUAUACUGCGGGCCAAUAUGUCACUAUCGACGUCUCGGAUCACCUGGACCUCGGGUAUAGCCACAUGCGAGACGAUGACCCCCGAAGCCUGAAUGAUGAUUUUGUGCGCACUUUCACUGUCUCUUCCCCACCUGGUCUGCCACCACAUCCAAGCAAGCGACUCGCUGAUGACGAGUUCGAGAUCACAAUACGCAAGGUCGGAGUAGUGACCGACUUUCUGUUCAAGCAUGGAUUGGGCCCCGAAGCGAAUCGCUCCGAGCUCGAAAUCGGAGUCAAAGGCUUUGGAGGAUCUUUCGUGGUGGAACAGCCUGGAGAGAAGUCUGCCAUUGCAUUCAUUGCUGCUGGUGUAGGCAUUACGCCGUUGAUGCCAUGUUUGUAUUCGCUUAAGCUUAGUAACCUUCAACUGUUCUGGACGUUGCGAGCAGUUGAUCUAGGCCUCGCUGUUGAUCUGCUUGAAGGGUUCCCAGAUCUGGCUGCAAGUCUUACUCUGUUUGUCACACGAAUUUCCUCAGAGAAUGAAGAGCAAAAUACUGGCUUACAGAAGCUUAAUGACCGCGAGGUCAGGAUUGUGUACCGUCGUAUGGAGAAGAGCGACCUGGAACCGCUGAUGCCAAGGAUUGAAAGAUGGUAUAUCUGCACAGGCACGAGUCAAAGGGGUACUAUCCUGCAAUGGUUGGACGGGCAGGAAGUAGUCUAUGAGGAUUAUAAUUUC